CUCUUUUUUCUGUCGCUUACUGUCAAUGUUCUUGUUAAUUUUCAUUGAAUUUGUCAGCAGAGUAGUAUUUUAACAAGAACAAGAAAAGGGUACAAAUUAAACCCACGAAAAAAAAAAAAGAGCAGGAUAGAAAUGUUCAGGUUGCACAAGACUAGGCCUGCAAAAUCAGGGGAGAGAUUUGAUUUCAAGUUUUAUCAGUUUAAAGCACUUCAGGUGCCAAAAGGAUGGGACAAGUUAUUUGUAUCCAUAAUCUCAGUAGAGACUGGAAAAACUAUUGCGAAAUCCAGUAAAGCAGCUGUGAGAAAUGGCACUUGCCAAUGGACAGAAACUGUGUCAGAGUCUAUUUGGGUUUCACAAGAUGGCCAGCCUUCAAACGAGCUUGAAGAUUGCCCCUACAAGCUUGUGGUUGCCAUGGGAUCGGCUAGAUCUGGCAUUCUUGGGGAGACAGUUGUGAACAUGGCAACAUAUAUGAGUUCAAGUGAUUCUGUUCAGCUUUCAUUCCCAUUGAAAAAGUGCAAUCAUGGAACCGUUUUGCAACUCAAGAUUCAAUGCCUGACACCAAGGAUAAAUCUUAGGGAUGAUGAAUCAAAAGAAACAAAUUCCAAUAAAGAAGAUCGUACUGCAGAAUCUCAGGAUGCAGAAAUCAAGUCAGAGGAGUCUGAUAAUACAUUUGCAAAGAGUGCAAGAUCUUGCUCUAGCAGAGAUUUGGGCUCCAUCACACAUCAAGAAGAUCACGAAAUAAAGGGAGGAGGAGGAGGAGGACUCCAGGAUACUAGUUUGUCUAGUUCAGGAUCGCAUCACAGCUAUAACUCAGCAGAGAGUUCUAUGGGAAGAGGCGGUUUUUCCCCUUCAAACAACAUGAGUGUUGAUGAGCACAACCUCAUUGCAAGGCAGGACUCAACUAGCUCCCAAAAUAGUGUACCUCCAGGCAGUUCUAAUGCUGAUAAUGCCUCUCAGUCAGAUAAUUCUUCAUUUAACUCACGGAUUACGCAUUCAGAAAACCUUUCUCAGGAUGACCUUCAAGAGUUGGUUGCACCAUCUAUGAAAAUUUCAGGUUCAUCUAAAAGCCUACUGGAAGCUGCAGAAGAUACGAUCGAAAACCUUCACACUGAAGCAAAGAUGUGGGAGAGGAAUGCCAGGAAGCUGAUGCUUGAUUUAGAGAUAUUGAGGAAAGAAUACUCAGAACAGUCCAGUAACCAAGUAAAUUUGGAGAUAGAGCUGUCAGCAGCGUGUACAGAACGUGAGGGGUUGCAAAAGGAAGUUGAAAAGCUAAAACUAUUGUUGGAGAAGUCAACAGUGAAAUCAGCAGCCUUGGAGGAUUCAACACUUCAAGAUAGAGGGGCAACCCAUGUUUUAAAGGAGUUAGAAAAUGAGAUUAAGUUUCAGAAAGAAUCUAAUGCCAAUCUCACUUUGCAGUUGAAUAGGAGUCAAGAGUCAAAUGUUGAGCUUGUUUCAGUGCUUCAGGAGCUGGAAGAGACUAUAGAAAAGCAGAAAGCUGAAAUAGAGAAGCUGUCAACUAUACAAUCAAAAUUCAGUGAUAUGGAGAAUUCUAUUCAGGUGAAUGUGCAGAAGAACCAGGACUUGGUUUUCCAGGUACAACAAUUGCAGGAAUCAGAGAAGAAUUUGCAAGAUAAGGUGCAGGAACUGGAAAUGGCACUGGAGGGAAAAACACAAAAUUCAGAUAAUGGGAGUUCAAAUCAUCUAACCCUUCUGGAUAUUGAGACAGAAUAUAAAUCCAAGCUAUCUGCUAAAGAAAAAGAAAUAAUCAGUUUGAAGGCAAAGUUAUCUGAAUCUCUGAAACAAAGGCAUCAUUCGGCAGAAAUGGAACCCACUGAAGGAGGUGAUGGAAUUCUUAUCAGAGAGAUUGAAUCACUGAAAGUUAAACUGCAGGAGCUAGAAAGCGAUUGCCAGGAGCUAACAGAUGAAAACUUUGAGCUAUUGCUCAAGCUUAAGGAAAUGAAGAACUGCUGCACAGAAGAAGGUGCAUCUUUUACCACUUCCAGGUUCGAAGUGAGUAAUCAUGAAUCCCAAAUUCAUGAUCUUGAAGAGAAGAUGAAGAAGAAAAUUCUCAAGGAGAUUGAAAUUGAUUACAAUCUUUCAAUUCAAGAACUUGAGAAUGUCAAAUUCAAGCUGGAAGAUCAAGUUAAUGAACUGAGUAAGGAAAUGGCUGAAAAAAGAGAGGUGAUAGAAAGACUUGAAAAUGGUUUGCUUUUGAAAGAAGAAGAGAUUGGGAACCUUCAAAUACAUCAAAGAGAAUUGGAAGACAAGCUUUCUGUUCUUCAAGAAGAAAAGGACCAACUAGAGGAAAAAGUAGAAAUUGUUAGUAGAGAAAGUGAUAUUGCUACGAAAUGCCUAAAUGAAUUGCGAAAGGAUGUAACGGUGCUCAGCAAAAGUGUAGAUACUCAUGUUUCUGCCAACAAAAUUCUACGGAGGAAAUCUUCAGAGCUAGAAAGUGGCAAGCAUGAAUUGGAGAUUCAUCUAUCAGAGCUACAGCAGGAAAAUGGAGAGUUGUCAACUUGCAUAUCAGGCUUGGAAGCUCAAAAAAGGAACUUGACAGAUGAGAGGGAGUCAAUGGAACAAGAGCUAGAGAGUUCCAAAUCCAAUGCUGUCAAUCUUCAAGAUGAGAUCACGCGAUUGAGAAAUGAUAUGGAGACUCAAAAGAUGGAUGUGAAACAAAAGCUAGAAGAGAUGGACAGUCAAUGGUCAGAAGCUCAAGAAGAGCUCGAACAUCUGAGAAAUGCUAAUCCAAAGUUACAAGCUACUGCUGAGAGUCUUAUGGAAGAAUGCAGGUCAUUUCAGAAUUCUAACGAAGAGUUGCAAGUGCAGAAACUAGAGCUGCAAGGGCAUUGUAACCAUCUGGAGAUGAAAUUGAGGGAAUCACAAAGAAAUUUUGCUGAUUGCUCCAAAAGAGUGAAUGUUUUGCAAGAAAAUAUUCAUUCAUUGCUGGAAGAUAGUGCCUCAAAAGAAAGAAGCCUAACUUCAGAACUGGAUGCACUGCUUAAGGAAAAUGACAAACAGAAUAAGAAAGUUGGUGUACUAAAUCAGAUGUAUUUGGAGAAGAUGGUUCAAGUUGAGAAUCUUCAACAAGAGAUUGGAGACCUUACCAAGAAACUUUCUGCAACUCAAGAUGAAAGAGAGAGGAUUUCUUCUGAUGCUGAGCAUGAAGCAUCUGGUUUACGUGCAAUUAUAGCUAAGCUAGAAUCAGAACUCAGUACCACACAGAUAGAAUCCAAGCAGAAGAUUGAAGGCUUGAUGGACAAGCUUGCUUCCUCCAAUCAAAACCAAGAAAUGCUGAAGACUGAUAAUGGAAAAAUGGUGAAGUUGUUGGAAAAUUACAAAUCAUGUGAUGACAAAUUUAAGACUACUCUUAAUGGUCUAGAACUAAAGCUUACAGUUUCUGAGUAUGAGAGGCAACAACUCAUGGAAGAAUCUACAAAUUUGAAGACUGAGUUGCUGAAAUUUGGAACUCUUCAGGAUGAAGUUUUGGCGCUAAAGAAUGAAUUGAAUGCAAUCAAGUCUGAGAAAGAGAAACUAGAAACUUUGAUGAGUCCAAAAUCUGAAGAAUGCAAAGAGUUGAAGAAAGAGAAAAAAUUUUUCAUUGAGAAGAUCACUGACUUGCAGAAGGCUGUUUCUGAAUUAGAAGAAUGCAAACAAGAUAGAUUUGACUUAGAACAAAAGCUUCAACAAGUGGAGAGUGACCUAAUUGCAAAAGAGGCUUUAUGUGAACAGGAUGCAGAACUUAAAAAUGAGCUCAGCCAUAUCAAGAGAACAAACAAGCAACUUCAACAGCAGAUACAACAACUUGAGGAAGAGAAAGAAAAGUGCACAAGAAGAGCUCAAUCCCUUGAAGAAGAGUUGAUAUUGAUGAAGGAAAAACAACGUAGUUUGAGGGAGUCGAGAAGUAUAAAUUCUUCCAGUAAUCAACAUCAAAAAGAAGGUGAUAAUCCCUCCAAAAUUCAGUUGCUUGAGGAUGAACAGUCCAAGGCUAUAGAAGCAAACAAGGCAUAUAAAGUUCAGGUUAAAAGAUCAUUCAUUAAGGUGGUCAUCUAUGCAGGGUCGACCUCUGAGGGAUGGAAAAGUCACACAGGAACUCCAAGAAAAUCAAAAGCAGAAGGUGAAUUUGUGCCAAAAUAAAAAUUUGAGCGUACAAAAUCAUCAUUAGAGACAGAGCUAAGAGAUCUUCGGGAGCGCUACUUCCACGUGAGCCUCAAAUAUGCUGAGGUUGAAGGUCAAAGGGAAGAGCUUGUGAUGAAGCUCAAGGCAGCUAAUAAUGGAAAGAGAUGGUUCUAAACUUCUAAUGAAACCAUGAUAUUUCCAGCCUGAUAAGCACUAUCCUCUUUCCACACCUUCCAAUUUUCAAGAAUCCAAUUUCAGAGGUUAGCUGACAGAUUUCAAAUGCAAGAAUCAUAUGAAAUAAAAAAAUCUGAUUGAAGUCUAGCCAAUUUGAGUUGCUAAAAUCAAAAUUCUAUGUUCUGUUAACAAUCAAAUGCUUCUGUUUCCAUUUCUCUAAUUAGUGUGUUCAAGAGUGUAGUGAUGCAUAUAAUACAAUUGUUCAAAUGCUGUCUAGUGCUAGGCAGUGUAGUUGUGAUUAGACCAGGAAGAGGAAUACACAAUCAAUAAGCACGUGGAGGGUAGCACACUUUGUGUGAUUUUUGGUAUCAAAUAAUAUUCUUAUACACUUUUCAAGAUACCCAUAAA